AUGGCAAAAGUCUGGUUGAUCACGGGGUCAUCCCGGGGCCUUGGAAGAGCCGUUGUCGAAGCGGCUCUUCAAUCGGGCGCAUCGGUGAUUGCGACAGCUCGAGACCCGAAAACCCUCGAAGGAUUUUCAAAGUCUGUUGGCGAUACCAGAUUUCUCGCCCUCGCCGUCGAUGUAACCAAUGAAAGCGAUGUCAUCAAUGCUAUCGACACGGGUUACAAAAAAUUCGGUCGGAUCGACGUCCUAGUAAACAACGCCGGCUACGCCAACCUCGCAUCUGUCGAGGACAUCGAUAUAAAGGAUUUCCGUGCUCAAUGGGAGACAAACUUCAUGGGCGUUGUGCAUACGAGCAAGGCCAUCAUUCCAAUUUUUCGACAACAAGGAUCGGGCCAUAUAUUCCAAAUAUCUUCACUUGGGGGUCGGGUCGCGAGCCCUGGCCUUACCGCAUAUCAGAGUGCCAAGUGGGCCGUCGGCGGCUUCUCCACUGGCCUUGCGCAAGAGGUUGCACCUUUUGGCAUAAAGGUCACAGUUCUAGAGCCGGGCGGGAUUCGAACUGAUUGGGCGGGUUCAUCGAUGGACAUUCCCGCUGUCAGUGAGCCGUAUCAAGAGACAGUUGGUGCUUUCGCUCAAUUUCUGCGAGAUUUCUCUGGAAAGGAACCAUCGCUCCCGGAAAAGAUCGCACGGAUUAUCAUCGACCUCUCUGAAGCGGACGAUGUGCCGCUACGACUACUCAUUGGUACGGAUGCCGUGGGGUAUGCUGCAAGGGCUACCGAGAAACUCUCAAUCGAGGAUAAGAAGUGGCAUGGUAUCAGCGUUUCCUCGGUAUAG